UUUAAAGAAAAUUAUAUAAAAAACCUGAUAAAUUGUGUGCCGUCGUAAUUAAAAAAAAAUACAUGUAUGCACAAAUAAUUCUAUUCAAAAUGUGGUUUAUUCGAAGGUGCAACAUUAUAUAUAAAAAUUGUGGCCACAAAGUCGCUGUGGCAAACUAGCCAAGCGGCUAUACAAAAAAAACGUGUAAAACACAAAACAGUGCAAAACAAAAAUAUUACUCAUAUAUUGGUAUAAUAGUUUAAUCUCCCACCCAUACUUUCCGCAUUCGUCGCAAGAAAGGCUGUUGCAAUUGCAACUUGCCACAUCACAAUUUGACUUCCUUGUGCAGCUACUAAAACGGCCUGCCAAAUGAAAAUGGUAGAUAAAUCUUCCAAGUUAGACAAAUAUAGCGCCAACCUUGGCAUCGGCGGUACGGGCGCCGGUGGUAGUGGUGGCAGUGGAGGUGCUGGUAAUAUUGGCGGCAACAGUGGGUCUGCUACUGGCGGGUAUGGUGCCGGUAGCCUCAUGCAGGCCGGUGUUGGCAGUCAAAAUGGUCAAAAACCGGUGCCAAUGAAAUUAUUUGCCGCUUGGGAAGUGGAUCGUACGCCACCAAAUUGUAUACCAAGAUUGUGCUCAUUGACAAUAACACGCCUAUCCAUAUUGACGCCAUUACCAGGCGAUAUGACGUCACUAACGUUGGCCGUCAAGAUGCAGAGCUCAAAACGGACAUUACGUUCACACGAGAUACCCAUAAAUAGUAGCAGUUUCACACAAUGUAGCACAUAUGGUGGUGCAGUAACCGGCUCGAACGCUUCCAGUAAUGCUGGCGUCAGCGGUAGUGGCAGCGGCGCUGGUGGCAACAUCAUGCAACAAAACAAUACCGGAGCAACGCUUAUCGGCGGCGGUGGUGGUGGCGCACAAAUGAGUUCGGCCAUAAUUGGUACGCCCGGAAAUAUUGGAAAUACGGGCAUUGGUAUUGGCGGCGGAAGUGGCGGUAGUGCGUCCAUGACAGUGGGCGGCUUUGGCGGUACGCCUGCAACGAUGACACUGGCUGAGACUGAACUAGAUUUACAUUUCAGCCUGCAGUAUCCACAUUUUAUUAAGCGCGAUGGCAAUAGACUGGUUAUAUUGUUGCAACGUCGCAAAAAAUACAAAUCACGCACCAUUUUGGGUUAUAAAACCCUCGCCGAGGGCAUUAUACGCAUGGACGCAGUGCUGCAAAAGUCCAUGGACAUGACCGUCGAACUGACGGCUUCGGGCAAAAAUGGCCGACCCGGCACAACAGUGGCGUGCCUACGCUGUGAACGCGUCUCAUCCAUUCCAGUUGAUCAUGACAAUAAAAAUAAUAAUAGUGUACUACUGGCAGAUCGUGUCGCAGAAUACUCAGAUGAAGAUGAGGAGGGUGAAUUUAGUUCUGGCGAAUUUAACGAUGAAGCCACCGAUCUCGGCAUACCCAGCUAUGAUGCCAAACGGGAUUACAAUCCAAGCAAACAUGAUAUGCGCAAAUAUCGUAAGCUGCAACGCUCCGAGGUAGAAGAUGUGGCACUCGGCACGAACCCAGUGGAUAGUGAUAGUGAAUUCGAGAUGAAGGACAAGAGUUCGUCACGUGCGAAGAUCAGUCGGACAAUUUCAUUACAACAACGUAAUUUUAAGCAAAAAAUUGUCGCAUUACUGAAACGUUUCAAGGCCUCCGAAGAGCUGGAGGGUGAGGUGAGUCGCGGCACUGCUGCAUUACGUGGUGAACGCGAUUUGGAUGCGCUCUUCCAGGAACUUGAGUCGCUAUCAUGUUGUGAGGGUGACGAUUCCGGUCCGGAUAUGGAUAGUUUGUCUAUUGGCUCGACACCGAAACCAUCGUUGCGGCCAUUCUUUACCAAUUCGCGUAUUAUGUUGCACGAUAAUGGCGCUGCCGGUGGCAACUUUGAACGCAGAUCAUCGGAUAAAAGCGACCAAUUGACCAAUUCGUCAUUCAAUUAUGAUAAUACUAGACAAAAAUGCAUUCAUUUAACAAACAAUAACAAUAAUUCGGCAACAACACCAGAUCGCCCGCUGGACUGUCGCAACGAUAGUUCUGGCAAUGAGGGCAACGCUUUCAAUACCGACGGUCAGAAUUCAGAUCCACAAAAUAGUCCACCACGUAGUGACAAGGACUAUAUGCGCUUGCAGUUAUUACAACAGCAGCAACAGCAACAGCAGCAGCAGCAGCAACAACAAUUGACACCAAGCGGUGGUAACAGUAAUAGUAACGCUUUCACCUUUAGCGAGAAACGUUCACGACUCUUUCGCACGUCGAGCAAUACACCAAGCGGUGCUGGCAGCGGCAGUGGCAGCGGCAUGGGCAUGGGCAAGAAAAAGCAGACACUCAGCUUAACAGCUGAGCCGCGUUCAGUAUUAGAGACAUGUUUGUCGCCGACGAAUGUUGAGCCACGCAAAAUGUUGCUCGACCAGCUGAGUCGCAUAUUCGCCAAUGAGGAUACCAUAUUGCCGGAUGUGGUUACAAUAAUAAGUCCCCCGGAGGCGCUCAUCGGCAGUGCACUGAUACCAAAGUUGACAACAUUGUUGGCGAACUCCUUUAAGCCAUCGUUUGUGCCGCAAAAUACAGCCGAGGUGAAGGCGGUGCUGCAGGCAUUGAUGGGCAAAAUACAGAAAUACUGCAACUCGAAUGCAAAGCCACCAAAUACGGUGAAAAUCUUGCUUUUGGGCGGUGAUUGGCUGCAGGGCGCCGCAUUACGCCAUUACGUUGAGUUGAUGGGUGUACGUCCACCGGAUUGGCUCAAUCACUUGCGUUUCUACAUUGUGCCCAUCGGCAGUGGCAGCACAAUUGCACGCUAUCUUAGUCAAGUCGAUUUGACAUAUGGUGCCAUGUUUGGCUCGGACAAUUGGUAUCAGUUGUGCGAGCGUGUAGCGGCAACUGCCGCGGCUGUCAGCGCUGUAACGACAGUGAACGCGUCGGCGUUGUCAACAACACUCGGCGAUUCGGCAACGGCGAAUAAGUCGGACAUUGUGGAGAUGGUGCAACGCAUACAGCGUUAUUUACAUGCCGCUGGCCCGUGUACACAGAUACCCAUCGGUGAGGCCAUGGUCAAUUACAAGGACGAGGAUUCAUGUCAGAUAUUUGUGCCAUUCGUUAGUGACGUACGCAUUGGCUAUUUAGAGGGCCCACAGGUCUCGCUCGAUCUCGAAGAGAAUUCCGCACAAUUGGGCGGCUCUAGUGCGCAACAAGCAUCAACGGCCAUACCGAUUGGUGGUCAAAGCAAUGCUACAAAUAUAUCUAACACCAAUAGCGCUCCAUCUGGAUCGCCACCACAGAGCGGUCGCAUAUCACCGCCUCAACAAACGCCACCAACGUCAGCGAAUGCGUUACGUGAUCGUGGUGGUGAUUCACUUGGUACACCAACCGCUGGGCAGUCGAAUACGGCGGCUGAAUCGGUAGAGCUGCAAGUGGAUUAUUGGCCCAUUAUGCGACCAGGUGAUUAUACGCCCAAGGAGAAGAGUAUCACACGCAGCGGUGAUCAGGGUGGCAAGAAUAGCAUUAAGAGCACAUUUAGGAAUCUACAGGUUUGGCGGCUACCACAAAAUGCUCAAUUGGGUGAAAUGUCCAAUGGGUUAACAGUGAAUUUCGCUACCAAGGAAAAGAAACAGAAGCAAAUAAUGCGUCUGGGCAAGAAGAAGGAAAAAGACCGUGAUCUCGAAAAGGAGCAAUGCGUCGAAGGUGUGGCGCGUUUGAUUUGCUCACCAAAACCAUCGCAUCCAGUACCGUUGAGAGUUUUUAUCGACGGCACAGAAUGGACUGGCGUGAAAUUCUUCCAAUUGUCAUCGCAAUGGCAAACACAUGUUAAGAAUUUUCCAAUUGCUCUGAUUGGUUGUACGCCAAUGUCAUGUUCUGAGAUAUCCUAGUCAUUUUAACUACAAUAAACCAACAUAAAAAUAUAUAUACACACUUACAAACAAAACAAACAAAAAUAAUAAUAAUAAUAAUAAUAUAAACUUUG